AUGGCUCCCAACCACCGAGCUUCCUCAACCGGCAGUUUCAUCGAAAACAUCGUGGCUGCCCGGAAGCAGUUGGAUAGCAUGGCCUUGAGCACCCCCGACUCUUCGCUUGACGGCUCCGAUGGCUCGCCCGGUGGCUCUGCCGGCUCGUCCGCGCUCGGUAGCCCUGCCGGCGCUCUUUCACCCGUCACCCCCACACUCGACGCACCCGUGGCCGACAGCUUCGCUUUCGCCUUCGACAUCGACGGCGUUCUGAUCAGAGGCGGUCGUGCCAUCCCCGAGGCCGUCGAGGCCAUGAAGGUGCUCAACGGCGAGAACGAAUACGGCAUUCAGAUUCCGUACAUUUUCCUCACCAAUGGUGGUGGCAAGACGGAAGAGGAGAGAUGUGGCGAUUUGUCGAAGCAGAUGGAAAUCGAAAUCUCUCCAGCACAAUUCAUCUGCGGCCAUACCCCUAUGAGGGAAAUGGCCGAACGAUUCAACACUGUUCUCGUCGUCGGUGGUGAAGGCGAGAAGUGCCGUCAAGUGGCCGAGGGCUACGGCUUCAAGGAUGUCAUCACCCCUGGCGACAUCAUCAAGCACAACUCCGCCACGACACCCUUCCGCAAACUCACGCAGGACGAGUUGACCAACUCCCGUGAGCGUGACUUUACCGACGUCACCAUCGAAGCCAUCUUUGUCUUCGCCGAUUCUCGCGACUGGGCCGGCGACAUCCAGAUCAUGCUCGACCUCGCCAUGUCCAAGGGCGGUAAGAUUGGUACCCUGAGCGACACCCUGGACGAGGGCCCGCCAAUCUACUUCUCCCACAACGACAUUGUCUGGUCUGCCGCCCACGACAACGUUCGCCUCGGCAUGGGUGCGCUUCGCCGCAUGCUCGAGGUCAUCUUCAAGGACGUCACCAAGAAGAAGGGCAAGCUGCACACCCACGCCUUUGGCAAGCCCCAGGUCAGCACCUUCGAGUUCGCGACGCGACUUUUGCAGCAAUGGAGACGCCAGCAGCACGGCCUCGACGCACCGCCCGAUACUGUCUACUUUGUUGGCGACACGCCCGAAAGUGACAUCCGCGGUACCAACCUCUACAACGAGCACGCCGAUAACGAAUGGCACAGCAUUCUUGUCAAGACUGGCGUUUAUCAGGACGGCACCGAGCCCGCCUACAAGCCCAAGGCCACUGUGCCUACCGUUCUGGAUGCCGUCCGCUACGGUAUUCAACGCGAGAUUCGCAAGCGUGUUGUCUCUUCUUUGCGGAAAGACAUCCUUGGCGAGGCCGAUUGCCUGCGCGCCAUGCAGGAGAAGGACAGUGCCGUUCUGACUCCUCUCGAAGAGCGCACGCAACCGAUUCUGGGCUGA